AUGCACAUUCACGACGUCCUCAUCAUCGGUGCCGGUCCUGCUGGACUCGCAGUUGCAGCUCGCCUUCGUGAGGGCACGCCCUCUGCCACGUUUACGGAUGACGAACACCAGCGGUAUCACUGGAUUCGGAAGCAUGGGCGGAAAAUGAACAUCAAGAACUAUCGAAAGAAUACGAAUUCUUUGCCUACGCCUCCCUCGACUCCUGGCAACUCUGACUGCGGUUGCGACCACGAUACACCUCACACGGACGAAAUGAUAGACAUGAUUAUCGUUGAUGCUGAUGGCGCGGAUUGGAUGACGAAGUGGAACCGUCUGUUCAAAACCUUUGGCAUAGACUACUUGCGCAGUCCAAUGUUCUUCCAGAUUGAUCCUGCGGACCGAGAUGCGCUGCUUGGAUAUGCGUAUGAGAAAAACAGAGAGAAGGAACUUCAAGCUCUUCCGGGAUGUGCAGGCAAGGAGAUCAGCAAACAUCGCAAGAAGAAGAAAUUGAAUAUGCAAGGAAAGGGGAGAUUCCUGGGCCGGACACCUGACGUCGAUGAGAGAGACCGAAAAGACUACUUUGUACCCAGUACCGACUUGUUCACCGCGCAUUGCCAAGAAGUUAUCAAACGGUAUCGAUUGGAAAAUGACAUACUCAGGCAGGAACGCGUUGUCGAUAUUGAGUACGACAAGGUUAGUGCAUUUGCAGAUGCAGAGCACGACAGCGUCGUCUCGGAUGAUAUCUCAGAAGAUGACAGGAAGAUCUUUCGCGUGACGACUACACAAGGGGUUCGCUUUGCAAAUGUUGUCAUACUCGCUGUUGGUCCCGGGAACGCGCCUUCCAUACCUGCCAUCCUUGGUCUGUCAACGCAAUGUCCGCACGAAGGCUAUGUCCACGCAAUGCAAAUAAAACAGUUUCCACCACCUCAUGUAGCAGCAAAGAUCAAGGAACGCCGUUCGACAAACAUGCUCAUUGUAGGUGGCGGCCUGACCAGCAUUCAGCUUGCAGACUUGGCCCUCAAGCGUGGUGUGAGCAGAGUUUGGCUGCUGAUGCGCGGUCCAUUGAAAGUCAAAUAUUUCGACGUCGAUCUGGACUGGGUGGGGAAGUUCAGAAACUUCAACCAAGCGGCAUUCUGGAGCGCAGACACAGAUGAAGAGCGAUGGGAGAUGAUCGCAAAAGCUCGCAACGGAGGGAGCAUGACACCGCGCUACCGCAAGAUCCUCGAUGCUCACGUAGCAAGCAGCAGGAUCUCCCUCCAUACCCAUACAACCCUCCAAUCUUUGCGUUGGGAUUCGCUUUCGAAGACAUGGGUGUCCGUCGUAUCCUCACCCAAUGUCGCCUUCCCGUCGAUUGAUCAUAUCGUCUUCGCAACGGGCAUCCAAUCCGACAUACGUACCAUUCCCUUCCUCCAAGCCAUCCAGAAACAGCAUCCGAUCCCGUACGUAGGCGGCCUACCCUGCUUGAACGACGACUUGAUGUGGAAGGACGAAAUUCCACUCUUCGUGACUGGGCGGCUAGCUGGCUUGAGGCUUGGACCCGGAGCUUCCAAUUUGGUGGGUGCGAGGAUCGGUGCGGAGAGAAUUGCUUGGAAUGUGGAGGAUGUGUUGAAGAAGAUGGGGAAGUUGCAGAAGGUUGGGCAGGGAUAUGAGGACGAUUCUGAGAGUGGCGAUGAGAAGAUGGCUGCUUAUGCUGCGGCCAGAGAUAAUCGGUUUGGGAGUCUGGCGGGGGUUGAUGUGGAUGCUUAA